AAAAUUAUUUUUUUUAAAUGAAAUAUGCUUCCCUAUGAAAUAUAAUGAAGAUAAAAUAGUUUGGUGCAAAAAAAAUUUGCAAAUUCUAUUUAUAUAUUAUUUCUCGUUCAUUAUAAAAACGUAAAUACGAGAACGAUGGCACGACGCCAUUUUGGAUUUUAGAAAGCCACACGCUUGUUGACGCUCGCUAAAACUAAGCCGAAAAUGGACUCAGAUUCGGAUUAUCAGCCUGAAACUGAUGUAGAUUCAAGUGAUGAUGAAGUCUGGGAACUCAUUGACUCUUCAGAUGAUUCAGAUGAAGAGAAUAUUCCUCCCAACAGCACUCUGAAUGCGACACAGCCAAACGUAAACUAUGGCUAUGAUGUGCUGGACACUAUGCCAGAGGCCCCAGCAAGCUUUCUUCCAGAAAGGGUCCCUGGUAUACAGCUUGACCAAGUUAGGACACGAGACUCUGCUAAACAAUUUUUCAGAGCUAUUGACUUUUUUAAACUUUAUUUUACAAUGGAUAUUGUUUUGCAAAUCUGUCAGUACACCAACACCUAUGCAACUGAACAUGGACUGCAGAAACCAAGUGUGUUCCAGAGUUGGUAUGAACUAAGCCCUGACGAAUUCUACAGAUUCUGUGGACUUAUCAUGUAUGCUGGCAUUGUUCAGGUCCCCAACAUUGAGCGAUUCUGGUCAACCAAAUCUCUAUACAAUGGACUUUGGGCAAGAGCCUUUAUGUCACGUGACAGAUUCAAGGCAAUAAUGUGUUUUAUUAAAGUGUCAAAUCCACUUACAGAGGAUCCCAAUGAUAAACUCUGUAAAGUGAGAAUGUUAACGACAUACAUUAGAAUGAAAUGUAUAAAGCUUUACCAACCUCAUCAAAAUGUCUCUAUUGAUGAAAGAAUGGUUCGGAAUAAAGGUAAAUAUGCAUUUCGACAAUACAUUCGAGACAAGCCAACAAAGUGGGGCAUGAAACUGUGGAUCCUUGCUGAUUCUUUAAGUGGGUAUACCUAUGAUUUUGAUAUAUAUUUAGGAAAGCAACAGGAUAAUGGCCCUUUUGGAUUAGCUUAUGGGGUGGUGAUGAAGUUAACUAAAUCUAUAUCUAGGCAAGGGUAUAGGCUUUUUUUUGAUAACUUUUAUACUAGUGUCCAAUUAUUAAAAGAUCUUUGGUUUAUAGGGAUUGGAGCAUGUGGAACUGUUCUUAGGACCAGAAAAGGUUUUCCUAAUGCUAUAAAAGAUGUUAAAAAUUUUGAAAAAAAAUCUAAAAGGGGAGACAUGAGAUGGAUCAGGGAUGGACAGUUAUUGACAGUUUAGUGGAGAGACAAUAAGACCAUAUCAUUAAUGUCGACUAUUCAUGAUGCCAAUGACAGUGUAACAGCUAAACGACGGACUAAAACGAAUGGACAGUUUGAAAAUUUGACUGUGAAUCAACCAACUAUUGUACAUGACUAUAAUAAAUACAUGGGAGGUGUUGACAAAAGUGACCAGCUAAUUAAUAAAUAUAAUGUACUUCGUAAAACAAAUAAAUAUUGGAAGACUAUUUUUUUUCAUAUGUUAGAUAUAGCUAGGGUUAAUUCCUAUAUUCUUUUUCAAGACUGGAGGGAUAAAAAUAAAGAUGUACCUGAGCUGAAUAGACCCACAAGAUAUGGCCAACUUAAUUUUACUGAAGAAUUAAUUAGAGAGUUAGGAGAUAUAGGUAUUGAUGAUCCUGUACCAAUCGCGUCUAAGCCCUCUGUUCAUUUUAAGCAUGCAAUGGAUCCACAGUUUAUGGAUAAGAGAGGGAACUGUAAAUUAUGUUACAGUAAUGAAAAAAUAGUUAGAAGAACUAGUGUUAAAUGCAAGGUGUGUGAUGUGUUUUUAUGUUUUCAAAAAGAAAGAAACUGUUUGUCUCAGUACCACAAAUUACUAUAAAAUCCUGUUUUUUUGUUCUAUUUCUCACUGUACUAUAUAAUAAGAUGUGUAACUAACAAGUUUUACUCUAUUUUUG